CUUCAUCACAACACCCCAGCAAUUGUGAAGGACACGGCCCAUACCGUGUCGGAUAUCGCGCACUGAACCACCGAUGGCGACAAUACUUAGUCCCCAAGACUCUUACGCCCAAUGGAAAACCUCCACGGUGCUUUCUGGCCUCGGCCAAUGCCUGGUGCCUCUCUCGGGCGCAAACAAGGACGCACUGCUCUCAGAAGCCACACAGCUUACUCACAGCGAGGCAAGCCGAACACGUGCAGCCACCAUCCUCGCUCGUUUGAAGGAGCUUAAUGGGGAAGUCGUGCAACAGUUCCACCCCAAACUGGACGCCCUGUCCGACCUCAGGUUUCGGAUGGUGUGUCCCGCGGAGAACAAUACGCAAUCACCUGCCAGCGGUAUCCCGUCCUAUGUCGCGAUCAGCUACUGCUGGCACUACCAUCAGUGGCCUCUGGCUAAGGCCGCAACGCCAGUCCUUUCAGGCUGGGAAGUCUCAGAACCGAUGGUGAAGGCCGUAAUGGACCUUUGCGAGGCCGGCGAGGGCGUCUGGAUCGACAAGCUUUGCAUCAACCAAGAUGACCCGGCGGACAAGACAGCCCACAUUGGUGUCAUGGAUGCCAUUUAUCGCUCCGCCCGUCGCAUCGUCAUCUUGCUAGAAGACGUUCAAUUCGACAAAGCUGAGGAGGAGGCCGGCUUGGCUUACCAGGGGUUUUACGAAGAUCUCUGCCGCAUGGUCAAUGAGGCUGGUCUGGAAGGCGAGGCGAAGGCCAUGCUCGUCAGCGGGUACAUUCCGUAUCGCGAGAAAGAAUUGCGAGACAGGGGCAUGGGACACGUCCUGGCCCCGGCCAAGUCCUUCGUCAUGAAGGUUCUCGCGGCUCGGUGGUUUCAGCGAGGAUGGUGCGCCCACGAGUCUCGCAUGGCCAAACAUCUCAAGACCAACAACCCCCUCUUCUUGUGCUUUGGGGCGGAUAAUCGGGUCCUCUCAUUUGAGUUCCGAUUCAUCCACUACUUGGGCUUCUACCUUACCAACCUGGAGCCACUAGAACAACUUCUUUACGAGCGGCGGAUGAACCAUAUGCCGGGUCCUGGACUGAAGACACUGCAACAGCUCACAUGGCGCAUCCAGAUGCUCAUGCCCGACGGCCGCGCCACCGUUUCGGCCAUGCAGCACCUUAUCAGCGUACUCUCGUUUGGCAUCCUGAAGAAAGGGGACCUCAUUUCCAUCGCCCUCAAUACUGCUGGCAUCCCGCUCUAUUUCGACGGUGGUGAUGUCCGCCAUGUGGAAGAGGUCAUCUGGUUGUUCACGCUGCUGGUACUCGCCGCCAACGAUCUUGUUCCCCUAAUCGCGGCUGGCCCAAGACUCCGAAUUCCCUCACUCGGACAAGAUAUCCUCUCAUGGGCAAUCCAUCCGAAUCAGCCGCUGGUCGAUGACCAGUUCGAAAACCCGCUCCCUGGGUCCAUCACAGCCGUCACUCCAGAGUACAUUGAGCUGGAUCUCCUCGUCUUUGAAUCCCUUCCCAAGCCAGCCUCCCCAGAAUCCCAAGCCAAAGCCACGCGCCUCAUCGCCGAGCACAACCUGGACGCCAUCGCCGACGAGCUCUUCUCCGCCUUCUCCGACACCACUCAAUCCACCAUCCGCACUGGUGUCGACGCCAUGCUUAGCAUCAGGCCGACCUCCCGUCCACUCCAAAACCUCCGGCACCUCUACCUCUCCCUCGCGCUGGACAACGGCCUCGACUGGCUCCUCGCUUUCCCCUCAACAAUGCUUCAGACGACGAGCACAUCAGCUUGGAUGUUCGAACCGCUCGGCGACCAAACCCACCCCAGUCUCAUCCCGGCUGUGCACUCUCUUCUCGCACUGUUUAACUCCACCCCUCCCCCUCCAUCCAACACCGACAACAAUAACACAUCCGAGUCACAGCCAAGACAAUCAACUCACCCUGUCGUUACUCCAGAACAGCUCGAAACCCUCAACCGCGCCCUCACAACCCUCCUCGACCCCCGCCUCCUCCUCUUCACCCCCAACCCGCGUCGCCUCCCGCUCUCCUUAGCCCUAGGCACCGCCGCCCUCACACCGGCCGCCAGCAACAGGUCCUACAUUGCCGUGCCCGCCUGCUUGGCACAUCUCCCGGGACACUUUGAACGCGCCUGGGUGAUCGAGCCGUUUAAUCCCCCCGUCGACGGCGUUGAGGCUGCUGCUUCUGCCGCCCGGGCCACGUCCCGCGACAACAAAGAAGAACUGCCGCGGGCCGACGAGAUCACUGUUGUCAAGGACGGGGUAGUCCCAGAGGAAGGUCUGCAGAUGAUUGAGGAUGUCGUGCCGGUGCUGAGCUCGGAUUAUGCGGAUCGGCGGGCGCCAAUGAGGGAUGAUGAAGGGCGGGGGAUGUGGAGGGUGAGGAGGAGGCAGACGCUGUUUGGGUGUUCUCCUGGUGGGUUGGAAGUGUGGACAGAGGAUGGGAGAGGGGUGCUGGAGCGGGGCGCGGAGGCGUUGGGCGGUGGGGAGGGGUUGGUGUUGUUAAGGCGGCAGAGGGUGUAUGGGGCGGAGGAGUAUCAGUGGGGGCGUAUGCUAGAAGAGAUGCAGAAGGUGAUGUCUUUGGAUGGGGUGGAGGGGGAGGGAGUUGGGGAUGCGAGGUGA